AUGGUCUCUCCCCUGCCAGCUGAGGAGGACGGCUACGAAGACGCUGCAAGGUCGGGUGAGGAGGACGGGUACGAGGACGCUGGACGGCCGGGUGAGGAGGACGGCUAUGAGGACGCUGGAGGGCUGGGUGAGGAGGACGGCUACGAGUACGCUGGACGGCCGGGUGAGGAGGACGGCUACGAGGACGCUGGAGGGCCAGGUGAAGAGGACGGCUACGAGGACGCUGGAGGGCCGGGUGAGGAGGACGGCUGCGACCACGCUGGAGGGCCUUGUGAGGAGGACGGCUACGACCACGCUGGAGGGCCAGGUGAGGAGGACGGCGACGAUCACGCUGGAGGGCCGGGCGAGGAGGACGGCAACGAUCACGCUGGAGGGCCGGGUGAGGAGGACGGCUACGAGGACGAUGGAGGGCCAUUUGAGGAGGACGGCUACGAGGACGCUGGAGGGCCAGGUGAGGAGGACGGCUACGAGGACGCUGGAGGGUCAGGUGAGAAGGACGGCUACGAGGACGCUGGUGGGCCAGAUGAGGAGGACGUCUACGAGGACGCUCGAGGGUCAGCUGAGGAGGACGGCUACGAGGACGCUGCAGGCCAGGACGGCUACGAGGACGCUGGAGGGCCGGGUGAGGAGGACGGCUUCGAGGACGCUGGAGGGCCGGGUGAGGUGGACGGGUACGAGGACGCUCGAGGGCCAGGUGAGGAGGACGGCGAUGAUCACGCUGGAGGGCCGGGUGAGGAGGACGGCUACGAGGACGCUGGAGGGCCAGGUGAGCAGGACGGCUACGUGGAUGCUCGAGGGCCAGGUGAGGAGGACGGCUACGAGGACGCUCGAGGGCCAAGUGAGGAGGACGCCUACAAGGACGCUGGAGUGCUGGAUGAGGAGGAUGGUUAUGAGGACGCUGGAGGGCCAGAUGAGGAGGACUUCUACGAGGACGCUCGAGGACCAGGUGAGGAGGACGGCUACGAGGACGCUGGAGGGCCGAGUGAGGAGGACGGCUAUGAGGACGCUGGAGGGCCGGGUGAUGAGGAUGGCUACGAGGGCGCUGGAGGGCCAGGUGAGGAGGACGGGUACGAGGACCCUCGAGGGCCAGGUGAGGAGGACGGCUGCGACCACGCUGGAGAGCCAGGUGAGGAGGACGGCUACGAAGACGAUGGAGGGCCGGGUGAGGACUGCUACGAGGACGCUGGAGGGCUGGGUGAGGAGGACGGCUACGAAGAAGCUGGAGGGCCAGGUGAGGAGGACGGCUACGAGGACGCUGGAGGGCCGGGUGAGGAGGACGGCGACGAUCACGCUGGAGGGCCGGGUGAGGAGGACGGCUACGAGGACGAUGGAGGGCCAUUUGAGGAGGACGGCUACGAGGACGCUGGAGGGCCAGGUGACGAGGACGGCUACGAGGACGCUGGAGGGCCAGGUGAGGAGGACAGGUACGAGGACGCUCGAGGGCCAGGACGGUACGAGGACGAUGGAGGGCCAUUUGAGGAGGACGGCUACGAGGACGCUGGAGGGCCAGGUGAGGAGGACGGCUACGUGGACGCUCGAGGGCCAGGUGAGGAGGACGCCUACAAGGACGCUGGAGUGCUGGAUGAGGAGGAUGGCUACGAGAACGCUGGAGGGCCAGGUGAGGAAGACGGCUACGAUCAUGCUGGAGGGCCGGGUGAGGAGGACGGCGACUAUCACGCUGGAGGGCCGGGUGAGGAGGACGGCUACGAGGACGAUGGAGGGCCAUUUGAGGAGGACGGCUACGAGGACGCUGGAGGGCCAGGUGAGGAGGACGGCGAUGAUCACGCUGGAGGGCCGGGUGAGGAGGACGGCUACGAGGACGCUGGAGGGCCAGGUGAGCAGGACGGCUACGUGGAUGCUCGAGGGCCAGGUGAGGAGGACGGCUACGAGGACGCUCGAGGGCCAAGUGAGGAGGACGCCUACAAGGACGCUGGAGUGCUGGAUGAGGAGGAUGGUUAUGAGGACGCUGGAGGGCCAGGUGAGGAGGACGGCUACAAUGACGCUGGAGGGCCGGGUGAGGAGGCGGCUAUGAGGACGCUCGAAGGCCAUCUGAGGAGGAUGGCUAAGAGGACGCUGGAGGGCCAGGAGGACGCUCGAGGGCCGGGUGAGGAGGACGGCUACGAGGAUGCUGGAAGGCCGGGUGAGGACGCGGCUAUAAGGACGCUCGAGGGCCAGCUGACGAGGACGUCUACGAGGACGCUUGAGGGCCAGGACGGCUAUGAGGACGCUCGAGGGCCAGCUGACGAGGACAGCUACGAUGACACUGGAGGGCCUGGUGAGGAGGACGGCUACUUGGACGCUGGAGGGCCAGGUGAGGAGGACGGCUACUUGGACGCUAGAGUUCCAGGUGAGGAGGACAGCUACGAGGACGCUGGAGGGCCAGGUGAGGAGGACGGCUACGAGGACACUGGAGGGCCGGGUGAGGAGGACGGCUACGAGGACGCUGGAGAGCCAGGUGAGGAGGCGGCUACGAGGACGCUGGAGGGCCAGUUCUGCACCCAUUUGUCUUUCCACAACUAUUCACAGCUUCAUCUGAAGCUGCGGUAA